AUGACGAUCUCGACUUACGACUUCAUUGUUGUCGGCGCCGGUCCGUCUGGAGCAAGCUUAGCACACAAGCUCUCAUGUGCUCCAGGCGAGCCAUCUGUUCUCCUUCUCGAGGCUGGUGAAGCCAACGAAGAGCCCAACCUCCGUAUCGCUGGCGAAAGAAACACUUUCUGGGCCAGUGGUGGCUCCAAGCUUGAUCGAGGGUAUGUCACUGCACCACAGGCAGCGCUGAACAAUCGUGAGCUAGCAUAUCACCGUGGCACUGGUCUUGGAGGCUCAUCUGCUACCAACAUUGGGGUCUGGGAUUAUGGCUGUAAGCCAGAUAUGGAUGAGUGGGCAAAGCAGGUUGGCGACGACUGGUGGAAGUGGAGCAAUGUUCAAGCUCGUUUCGCUCAGAUUGAAAAUCUUCAUGACCUCACUCCAGAAGCCUAUAGACAGUACGUUCAGCCGAACCCAGCUGUUCGUGGUAAAUCCGGACCAGUCGAUGUCACAUAUCCAGCUAUCUGGGACCCAUGCCUUCCAUCCGUUUUCGAGGCGAUCAAAGAGCACAAAAUACCACUCAACACAGACAUCAGCUCAGAGAAGGGCAUCGGCAUGGGAGUGGCUCCAGCCACAGUACUUGGGACCUCGCGAGUGACAUCGUCCUCGGCCUACUUGAAAGCCCCUAAGAAGAACCUCCAUGUCGCUACCGGAUCCAAGGUCCAUCGGGUCCUCUUCGAAGGCAGACGGGCGAGAGGGAUUCAACUUAUUGGUGGCGAAAAAAGGUAUGCUUCUCGUGAGGUCAUUUUGUCUACUGGAGCCAUCGAUACGCCCAAGCUGCUCAUGCUCUCCGGAGUUGGAGACGCAGGUGCUCUGAAGAAGCUCGGUAUCCCGACGGUUCUUGACCAGCCACAUAUUGGUCGAGAUCUGAAGGAUCAUCCGAUGGUCAGGCUGGGAGCGACAGUCGCUGAAGAUGGCCUUCCAGCGACACCACUUGCGCCUGGGCCUGAGGACAUGGCGGCUGCAGCUCAGGGGUACUUGAGGAUGGACUCAUCGAGACUGUCCACGCUCAGUGGGUUAGACUUGGACGUUCAACAGUAUCUGAUGAACUCACUACUCCCCACGCAUGAGCUAUUGCUGCGUGUGAUGCCAAGUCCAAUCGAGCCAGGUCGUCUCCUGUGGAUUGCCGUGCUGGUCCUGAUGAACACUCAAUCUCAGGGUACGGUCACGCUCCGAAGCAGAGAUCCGCUGGACUCGCCUGUCAUUGACCUGAACCUUCUGUCUCACCCCUAUGACAUGGAGUUGGCAAGAGAAGCUAUAAAGUGUACCAUUCCUAUCAUUCGGGAGAGCGCUUUCAUUCCCACCGAAGGUCUGCCUGUUGGGCCAAAGACUUUCGACGAAGAGGCCAUCACGCAAUAUGUUCGCACAACGGCUACGCACCUGUGGCAUGCAUGUGGGUCGGUGAAAAUGGGCAAGCCUGGACGCAAGGAUACUUGCGUGACUCCUGACUUCAAGGUUCAAGGGCUGCAAGGCAUCCGGGUAGCAGACCUCAGUGUCACCCCUGUGAUUCCCAGCCACCACACUCAGUCCACUGCAUACUUGAUAGGAGAACGAGCUGCCGAGUUGAUCAUCGCGGAGCACGGCUUUGGUGUGUAA